GGAGCGCGUCCUCAUUUGCGUGUUUCCUGCCUCAACUCGGCUCAGCCUGUGUCCACAUUUCCAUACAAGUGCGUCCUCGGCUCCAGCCCUCGUUUGACAGUCAAACCAGGCGGCGGGGCUCCUUUUCUCCGCCCUGCGCAUCCCGCAUCCAGUCGCUAUCUGAGAGGAGCGCAGGGGAGUGCCCUGCACCGCGAACAGCCGACACACAACCGCCUCCUCCUCCUCCUCCUCUUCUUCCUCCUCUCCUGUAGCCGGACUCUUCAGCCAGAGAAACUCCACCGACUCCAGCGCUCGUUCUCGCCAGCUACAGCCCCGUCUGCAUCCCGCAUCAGCCGGCUGCACAGAAAAUCGACCCGCGGUCCCCCUUUACGCAGAAGCAUCAUGGAGGAGUUAGACGUUCCACAGAUGAGGAGAGAAGUGGAGAGCCUUCAGUAUCAGCUGGCAAUCAACAGAGAGAAAUCCUCCAUCACCGUUACUGAGUUGGUGAAGUGGAUCGAGGGAUGUGUUUGUGAAGAUCCAUUCCUGAACCCUGAGCUGAUGAGAGCCAACCCCUGGGUGGAGAAGGGAAAGUGUGUGAUCCUCUAAUGAUCACACACACGCACACACAUACACAGACACAUACACACAAUCACGGAUGCAUCUAAAACUAAAGAAUCAUGCACUCCCACACACAGUCACGCUGCACUAACUCUCUCUCUUGCGCACACACACACACACACAUUAUUGCUACUAUUAUGUUUAUUUAUUUGGAGACUCCUGAAUGCUCUCAAUUUAUGUGGAGACUACUGUGUGUGUGAGUGUACAGCACUGAGUAGCUUUCUAGAGGUUUGUUUUGACGGACUGCUGAGAAAUGUUUAACAACACGUUUUUAUUGGCUCUUUACACUGUCAAUCAAAAUAAAGACUGUUUUGAAUUCA